UCCUUUUGACACUAUGAAGUUUAUCUAUCAAUUGAAAGUUGAAUGGUUCACUGAUUUUAAAGAAUGGAAGGUGGUGAUUUAGGAAAUAGUUAAAUUUCUAAAAGCUGACACAGCUUUUAUGAAUAUCAGACCGUUGAGGUAUAGUGUUGCAUUGGACCUUCAUAUAGAUUGUCUGCCACAUGUCGUUGAAGCAAAGAGACAGCUGAGGUUAAGAGAUGCAAUGCUAUGCAGUUACCAUCCUAAUGAGGUCAAAUUCUCAGAACUGACCCUUGACACUUUCAGAAUGCUACAAUGUCUGGAGUGGGAACCUAGUGGUUCAUUUUUCCAGACAAGUGGAGCUCCUUCAUCUGGGGCUGGGUCUAGCACUGGCCAGAACGGAACUCCUGGGCCUAGUUGUGUUAACUAUUCACAAGAUAUAAUUGAUCCUACUUUGCCUCCUAACCCUCGCAAAGCCAUUUUAUAUCGCCCAACCCUUACAAGUUUUAUAGCAGUGAGUAUUCACCUGUCAAUUAUCUUCCUCCAAGUAGGUGGCUUCUGUGGCUAUUACUGGCUAAUUUCCUAAACAUGUUGAUUGAAGUAAUAUUUUCUGAAGUUUGGGAAGCUUACUCGGAUCUUUCAUUUUUUCUUGAUUUUGAAUUAUGAUAUAUUUCUCUUUAGUU